UGACCCUGUAAAACCUUUUCAGACCAGGCCAGAGAUGCUUAAACUAAGGUCAAGAAGACGACUGAACCAUCAUCUGUCUGGAAGUCAUGGGAAGUCUGCUCUCUGUAAGGGAUGGACCAGGGGUGGUGGGCAAGAGCCUGGAGGUCCUCAUAAUUUCAGGGAGGAGAGGGCUGAUUUGAACCAAGGGCUGAUCUUCCCUGAGUCGACACAAAAAAAGAAAAAGAAGGAGCCAGAAAGAGAAGAAUCAGAAAAGGCAGAAGAUAAAGAGGACAAGAAGACCGAGGCCGCCAUCAAGAUCCAGGCCUGGUGGAGGGGCCUGCUGGUGCGCCGGGCGCUGCUGCACGCAGCGCUCCGAGCCUGGAUCAUUCAGUGCUGGUGGCGGGCUGCGCUGGCCCGGGCCCUGGACAAGCGACGCCGGACCAUGCUGCUGCUCUACUCGCGGCAGGAGGGCGCCGUGGUCAAGCUGCAGGCGCGGGCGCGCAUGUGGCGCAUUCGCCGCUGCUUCUGCCGGGCGCGGGCGGCCGCCUGCAUCAUCCAGGCGUACUGGCGCUGGUACGCCAGCCGGCACCGCAAGCUGGAGAGCAACCACACGACGGCGGAGCACUUGGAGAUCGAUAUAAAGAUUCUGGUUUAGAAAUUCCGGGGCCCUACGGACUGGGGUAGCGGGGAGGGACCCCGGCGGACUCUACCUCUUUCAAUAAAGAGUAUGGACUGGA